GCUCCAUACCGAUAUGAUACAUUUGAAUUUUAUUCGUUACAUUUCAUGUUUCGAAUGAAACACGUGUUUUCUGGUUUUUCAGUUAAUUUCAUCUUUACUUCUCUAUCUCUCUCUCUCUCUCUCUCUAUUGAGAACGGUAUUUUUUUCAAUAGGACAUAUUGAUUUUGAACAUUUUUAAAUUCAUUAUUAGUUCGCGGAGAAAUUUAAAGUUUAUUUAAUAAUUUUAUAAACGGAAUUAUUAUUCAUAUAGAAAUUGUGUUUGGACCUAGAAGUGUUUCAAUGUUAAAUUUUCUCCCGAAUUGCAAAUAUAAUAUAAAACAAUAAUAAUUAUUAUUAUAGAAUUCCGUAAGAAAAAAAUAUAAAAAUUUCUAAUGUGUAAAAAAAAUAGUGUAAACAAAGGGAUUUAAAAUAUCUACAAUUUACGUUCAUCAAGUUUGAAUAAAAAAAAAAAAAAAAAAAUUGUAUAUCAGAUUGCAUCUGCCUUGACAAUAUAUAUAUUUAUGUUAUGUAUAUAUAUAAUAUUGUGAAGCAUGUUACGUGUCAAAACAAGCAGUGUCGUUGAUUGAUAACAGACAGUAUAAGUUUGCAAAUUGUUAGAUUUCGCGAGACAAGAAUAUCACGCACAAACGAGAGGCAGACAAUCAGCUGACUUUGUGUCAAUUAUCCCGACCAACAAUAAAAUAAAUCCAGAUAAUUUGUCGAGGUUUGUCUAUCCGUGGAUCAUCAUCAGUGAAUGCUUUGCAGAAUUUAUCAGGUGAGCAUUCACAAAUCAAUUAUAAGGGAUAAUCAUGAGAGACUCCCGAAGAAUUGUCAUCUCGGUUGAAGGGUGAUGUUUGUAACCGGAAGUGUGCCUUGGAUGGUUCCGCAUUCUCGGAAGUGGUACCGGUGGUUUUUGUUGCUCGACGAGACAGAUUUCAAAGUAACCAGAAACAAGAGUAGAGAAGAUCCACGAUUCAUUCACCGAUAGUAACAGUAAUGGUGUCACUUAUAUGCAAUGACAGCCGUGGCAUUGAGGCAUCGGGUCCAUCCUUACAAGGCCCUCGCCUGUGUCGUAUUGACACUUAUUGCUAUUCAAUAUCUUCUCAGUGGAAUUUUUGAUCGUCGCUCAAUUGAGACUAUCUUCACUAUUAACGCCACACGAUAUUCAACCAGUUAUUACAAGGGUCAUCCACGGGGAUUAAUCAUUUAUAAAAGCGAGACACCAUCGAACUUUUCUGGAAAUUCAAGUAUCUCGACAGCCUCCAUUAUAUCCGAGGUUGCAAUUCGAGCUGGCAAUGACUCUUCUUCUUCUUCUUCUUCUUCUACUUCUUCGAAACUUGAAACAAUUUCUUCAGGGAAUUCGGCAAUGGUAACAGGAAAUCCAAAUACUUCUAUGCCAAACGUCACAGACACAAUUCAACAGCAAUGUCCUCUUAUUCCACCAAAACUUGUUGGACCAGUUCUCGUCAUUAAAACACCACCGGAGCUUUCAAUCAUAGAGAAAAAUUUCACAGAGGUGAGACCUGGUGGUAGAGGAUUUCCAACGAAUUGUAUCACCAGACAUCACGUUGCCAUCAUUAUUCCAUUUCGCGAUAGACCUCAACAUUUGCAAACACUUCUUUACAAUUUGCAUCCAAUUUUAUUGCGUCAGCAAAUCGACUAUCAAAUUUUCAUUGUCGAGCAAGAAGGUACGGAACCAUUUAAUCGAGCAAUGCUGAUGAACGUUGGCUACGUGGAAGCUUUAAAGGAGAGAUCAUUCGAUUGUUUCAUUUUCCACGACGUCGAUCUUCUUCCCGAGGACGAUCGGAAUCUCUAUAAUUGCCCCGAGCAACCAAGACACAUGUCUGUCGCUAUAGAUAAAUUUAAAUACCGAUUACCUUACGCUGACUUGUUUGGCGGAGUUUCAGCCUUGACGAAAGAACACUUUCAAUUGGUAAAUGGAUUCAGUAAUGUGUUCUCUGGUUGGGGUGGAGAAGACGACGAUAUGGCUAAUCGCAUAAAAACUCAUGGACUUCGAAUUUCGCGAUAUCCAGCAAAUAUCGCUCGAUAUAAAAUGCUUAAUCACAAAAAGGAAAAGGCAAAUCCAAAGAGGUACGAGUAUCUAAAAACUGGGAAGAAAAGAUUUGCCACAGAUGGUUUAAGUAAUUUAAAAUACGAGUUAAGGGACAAACAGAAACCAAAAUUAUACACUUGGUUGCUGGUGAGGUUGAAAACACUACAACGCAGCUGAUGGCAACCUUGGAUCGGGUAAAAAAAAAUUGUUUACCUCAAAUCCAAUUAAUAUUGCUGCAAAAAUUAAUUUUUUUUGUGUGUAAGUGUAUAUAACAAGUUUUUGAAAACUCUUUUUCAAAAAAACAUUCAACUGUUCGAGCUCGAAAUUAAUCUACUGAAAAUUUUUCGAAUUACUCCGCAUAAUGAUGAUAGUUUGGCGACUCAUAUUACAAGAAAUUGAUCUUAUUUUUAAAAGGGCUACUUAUAAAUUACGUAAUACAUUUUUUUUUUUGGGAAAUUUUGAUCCCCCUUUUCCGCUUACAAAAAAACCAUUAAAUACUAUGAAAUCGUAAUUAAUCAUUAUUAUUUAUAAAUAUUAUUAUCAUUAAUUGAUAAUAGUAAUUAAUUAAUAAUUAUCAAUUAAUGAUUAAGUAAAAUUGUUAACAUAAAAGUUUAUUUUUUUAUAUUUAUGUAAAAAUACAUUAAAUUAUAUUUACGUAAUUUAUGAAUGGCCCCGUGAGUAGUGCUAACGAUGAGUGAUAACGCACGUCUCGAAUGAGUUCAGAAUUUUUCGUGAUAUGUUUGUAUGCUCGUGUUCCAGCACUUUGUUAAACAAGACACUGAGAAAGAUUUGUAGAUUAGGGUUUAAAAAAAAAUACAAUGUAAAUGAUAGGCAUAGAUGAUUGAGAGAAAGAAAAAGAAUUAUAAUUUAGCGUAUAGGAUUUUUUCCUCAAUUUUCGAUGUUUCAGUCGAAUUUGGAUAAAAGUACGCACGUAUUUUAUAUAUUUUUUUAAAUGAUAGAGGCAUUUCAGUACUUUUAAAUUAAUAAUCUAAAUUAGAUAUAUAUUAACCCUUAUAUGGUAUAUAGAUUCGAUAUAUUUUUUAAUUGAAAAUAUUUGUUCAAGUUUCCGCUCCUUGUGAUUAUUUUUAUCUCGGAGCCCUUUUUGAAGAUAUGAAAGUUUCUAAAACUUCUUUUUCUUUAAAUUAUUUCUAAAAAUUUACCCCCCCCCCUUUUUUUAAUGAGUUUUCUAAAAACUCAAAAUAUUUGCUCAAUUUUUUGAGCAGAUUUUGUCUUUUAUUUUUCUACUUGAAAUCUAUAAUUGUACUUAAAUGUAUAUUCGUUUUGUUUUUUUCUUUGUAAAAAAGAAAAAGAUUUUUAAUGAAAGUAGAAACGAAUUUGCAUAUGUAAUAUAAUUUUUUAUAUAUAAAAUAAUGUAAAAGAACUGAAAAUACGCGAGAGAAUUUUUAGUUUGCGAAUUGAAUGUUAUUGUUUGAAAAAAAUCUUUCAUCUCUUCUCGAAACGUAAAGAAUUUAUAAACAGUUAGUUACGAAUACAGGGAUGAUACGAGUUUUAGAAUAGUUUUACUAACAUUUUGAACUUUAAUUUUUAAAUUAAUUGCAAAUUUUAGGUUCGAAAUAACUAUUUGCGAAACUUUAAUGUUGGAAGCAAUUUCAAAAUUUUAAUUUUUAAAUUACUGUCUAAUCAAAUUUUAGUUUCGCAAUAAAUUAUGAAUAUUUUUUAAUUAAUUUACAGUUUUAAUGAAUUUAUUUGAAUUUUUUGAAAUUCUAUUUUUUCUAGUUAUUUAUUUUUUAGAUAAUUUAUUUUCAUUUAAGUCCGCCGAGAUAUUAUUUGCAUUUUACUUAAGUGGUAAAAAAAUAACAAUAACAUCACAAAUCAAUACAAAAAUUAAAUUUUUUUUUUUUAAAUAUCAAAGAAAAAAAAGUUUAUCAGAUUUUCAAAUUCUUUAGAAAAUUUGUAAGAUAAAAGUUUCACUUUCCUUCUUAAAAUUCAACAAAACAAUGAAAGUCAAAUUUCAAAAAGAAAGUCUUUAUUUGUUUUUCUAGAAUUCUUAUGUGGAAUUUUUGAAGAUACUUUAAAAAAAACAAUGUUUUUGUUUUCAAAUUAUAUAUUUUGGAUCUCCAAGAGAUAUUAAAUAAUCAAUUAAAUCGUUAACUAUUAUUAAUCACCAUAAUUUUAAUUCAUUAUUUUUAAUUAAUUAUGUAUUCAUUAUUGAAAAUAAUUUUUCUGAAUUGUUCUUCAGUUCCAGCUGUUUGAUUAUUAAUAUAGUUUGUAAUUAUGAAAGUAUUGAUAAACCAUAAGUCUAACCAAUUUUGCAAAAAAAAUUAAAUAAAUAAAAGAUAAACAAUUUUCAAAACUAUUUAAAGAGAAAUACUGAAAAUGUAACGCACUCUUUUAAAACUACACGACAGAUAUAAUAUCAAUGGAUAUUGAUUGCUCAAAAAAAAAAUAAAUAAAUAAAUAAAAAACUGUGACUAAAGAAUAAUGUUCUUCCUAAGAGCUAAGUUCUCUUAAACACAAAAUCUUCGUUUAUUGUUGCGUCAUCGCAAUUUCGAUCGUUAAUUAAAUGAUAAUUAAUUAGCAAAUUAAUAAUAAUAGUAAGAAUAAUAAUAUAAUUAAUCAAUUCUUAAUUUGAUUUUCUAAAAAAAUCAAAAUAAAUAUUAUUUGAUAAUUAAUUAUUAAUUUGUUAACAAUAAAAACUUAUUUCUUGAAAUUUUAUUAAAUUUUAACAAGAAUUGCAAUUGUUAUUUUAAAAACUCAAAUCUUCGAUUAUUGUUAUUCCACUAAAAUGGUUCAUAUCGUUUGUUAAAAUUGCAAUGAGGGAUAUAAAAUCAAAUUGUAAUUAUUUAGAAAAAAGAAAUAAAAUUGACUCCCUCUGUUUAAUUGCUAUUAUUGUAAAAUAAUUCGAAAUUAUAUUUUUCGUAUAAAAAAGUGUUUAACUAAUUAUACGAAACAAGCAAAGAGAACAAAAAACGUGCUCGCUGCCGCGAAUUAUUUUCUCUUAAAGUCAUUCCAUUAUUUUUAAACUAUGUUAAUUUUAAAGAAACGCGAAUACCUCUCUUUUUAAUUUUAUUAGUUUUUAAUAAACGCAAUUUAUCCACGAUUAUCAUUGGUGAAAAUUAAUUAAGGAAAUUAAUAAGUUUUAAAAUUAAUUUUUUACAAUGAGUGUUGUGGAUAAAUUAUCAUACACUUUAGCAUUUUUUGCGGCAACAAAUAUUAUAUAUUAUAAUAUAUGAAGAAGAUUGUAAGCUACGGCGAGGAGCAAAGACAGAUAGUGAUAUUAAAAUUUACUAGACGAAUAAGAAUAAUGGCUAAGUAUUUAUAAAAUAUAAUAUAAAUGGUACUAGAUAGGCAUACAGGAAAAUAUUUUAUUCGUCGUAAAUUAAAAUAGCUUCCGUUUCCAUUUCUUUUUUUUUAGCAAAAUCUACUGUAAAUGUAUAGAAAUUUUUUGUUUAGUGAUUUUUUUGUGUGACAAUUAUAAUGAAAAAGAAUUGUUUUAUGUUUUUUUUUUAAAUUUAGUCACGAGUGCCACGUUCACAAAUAAAUUUGUAUAUUUUUUCUUAUGAAAUAUGAAUUAUUAAUAUGUAUCAGAUUUAUAAACUGUACAAACGCAUUCAAACUUACCAACGGUAACAUCUUCGAAAUAUGUACUUUUUAAAGGCCUUUAAUCAGCUUCUUUGAUUGUAAUACAUAUACAAAAAAAGACGAA